AUGAGUGGUGCGAAACCUAAUAUGCUAUACUUAGUAUUUGCAUCUCUGACUGCAGCGUCAGGGUUUGCUAUCUGAGGCUAUUCCUUUGGGUACUAUAAUGGUAUCACAGGGAUCAUGCAUCAGCAGUAUGAACAUUACGAUAAGCAAAGAAUUCAUGAAGAAGACCUUUUCAACUCCGUAGCUUCAGGAAUAUUGCCAUUUGGAGCAAUAUUUGGAUCCUUUAUGGCUGGCCCUUUGAUGAAGAGAGGAAGAAGGUUUGCCUUCAUAGUCACAAGUCUGAUCAUCAUUUUCGGGACUGCUCUUACUCUGAUAUUCAACAUGUGGGCAUUAUUUUUAGGAAGAUUCAUUAUGGGUCUUGCUGUAGGAGUUUACUUUUCAGUUUCUCCAUUAUAUAUCUCAGAAAUCAGCCCUCCUUCAGUGUCAGGAAGUCUUGGAAGUCUUAAUCAGAUGUUAUUUGUAGCUGCCCUAUUUCUUUCCUUUUCUAUUAUAUACAUUCUUCCUUUGCCAGAUGAUCCAGAGGCUAAGACUACUGAUCUGUGGAGAGUAGUGUGAGGUAUCCCUAUUAUUUUAGGAGCUCUACAAUUUUGUCUUUUCUCCUUUGUUUUCAGAUACGACACUCCUAUUUUUUAUAAGAAGAAAGGAGAUAUGACAAAUUACUCUAAGAUCUUGGAAGUUAUCAUCCCAGGCGCUAAAGAAUUCGAUGAUCCAGAAAAGAAUAUCGAGUUGUCUGGAACUGCCAGGAAGAUCCAUCCUGAACAAAUUGGACAAAAUAUUGAACAAUCUCAAGAAAAGGAUGAGAAUAUUAGUAAAGACAAUGAAUAUCAGCACAAUGCUAGUAAAGAUGACCAACCUAAGGACAAUACAAGUAAAGAUGAUCAUCCAGAAAAGAAUGCCAGCAAGGAAGAUCAGCCAGAAGAAGGUGCUAGAGAAGACCAUAAUUCAGAAGAGAAUCACAGCGAAGAUCACAAGUCAGAAGAUAAAAAUAGAGAAGGUAACCAUAAAGAGGAAAAUCUGGGUAACCACCAACACUCAGAAGAGAAUGAGGGCGGAGAUGAAAACUCGAAGGAGCUUGAACAAGAUCCUUCAAAAGCUAUUAAUGAAUACGAAGUUAACGAAACACAGAACAACCUGAAGGACAAAGAGACUGAGUCAGAGAAUAAAGACAGCGUAGAAAAUAAGCCUGCUCAGAAGAAGUGGCCUCCCUAUUACAAAAAGGCUCUAGUAAUUUGCUGUCUUAUGAGCUUCUUCCAUCAAGGUACUGGGAUCAACGCCAUUACUUUCUUCUCAACUGAGAUCUUCAAGGAUGGAGAUGAAGGAAACUCUGCUGAAAAGAGAGCAAGGUUAGGAACUCUUCUUCUUGGUGUUGCUGCCUUUACAGGAACUGCUUCGUCAGUGUUUCUGCACAAGAUAUUCUCAAGAAAAUUCUUCUUCAUAUCAAGUGAGGCUGUUAUUAUGGGUUGCCUAUUUCUAGCAGGAAUCUUUUCAUUAUUUGAUUUUGAUGCAGGAAUUAUUGCAGUGACAGUCAUAAAUGUCUACUGCUUUGAUGGUGGAAUUGGUCCAACAAUGUGGAUCUACUCCUCAGAUUGCCUAGAUAGUGCAGGUACAUCCAUUGUUGCUUUGGUAAAUAUGAUUUGGGUAUGUAUAUUCGCUACCAUUUCAAACCUAAUGUUCGAAUACUUAACAGCUCCAGGUAUGUACUUUGGAUUGACAGUAAUCCAAGGCAUUUGUAUUGCCUUCGUGUUGAAGUAUGUGAGAGAGACGAAAGGCAAAUCUAAAGAAGAAUGUGAAAAACUCUACUGAGACUAAUAACGUUUAAAUAUUUUACAUUCAUUUC